GCCGGGAGGACUCAUUCCCAGAAGGCAGGGCUUCCAAACCCUAUAAAAGAUCCCAAAUCUCCCCUCUGCAGCAUCCACUCCGCUCCCGCUGCUCCCUCGGCACCGGCUGGGUGAUCCCGUUUUCCCGCAGAGAUGUCUCUGAACCAGAUGCAAAUCAAGCAGGAGCUGCAGCUGCCCCCCGGGUUGGGUAAAACCACCCCAAAACAGAGCCCGGAGCAUCCCCAAAUCCCGGUGCCCUCCCCCUGCCCCGAGCCGCUCCCGGCAGCGGCGAAAUUCCCGGAAAAGGCGAUCCCAGAACCGGGAAAAGGAGAAGCUGCGGUGCCCCAGGAGCAGCAAACCCAAAUCCCCCGGGAAUUCCCGACCCCCGAAGCUGAUCCGCGCCUGGAGGAGAAAUCCUGCUCGGAACCGAAGUGGGAGGUCAGGGAGAUCCCGGUUCCCGUUCCCGUUCCCUGCGCCCAGGAGAAGCAGCAGCGCCAGGAAUUCCCGGUGUCCAUCCCAGAAAAACAGGAGCGCAAGGAAUUCCCGGUGUCCAUCCCGGAAAAACAGGAGCGCAAGGAAUUCCCGGUGUCCAUCCCAGAAAAACAGGAGCGCAAAGAAAUCCCGGUGUCCAUCCCAGAAAAACAGGAGCGCAAGGAAUUCCCGGUGUCCAUCCCAGAAAAACAGGAGCGCAAGGAAUCCCGGUGUCCAUCCCAGAAAAACAGGAGCGCAGAAAUCCCGGUGUCCAUCCCAGAAAAACAGGAGCGCAAAGAAUUCCCGGUGUCCAUCCCAGAAAAACAGGAGCGCAAGGAAUUCCCGGUGUCCGUCCCUGACCCUGUCCCGUGUUCCCAGGAAAAGCAGGAAUGCAAGGACAGCCCUGUCCCCAUCCCAGUCCCAGAGCCCACCCCCUGUUCCCAGGAAAAGCAGGAAUUCCAGGAGAUCUCGGAGCCCACCCCGCAUUUCCAGGAAAAGCAGGAAUUCCAGGAGAUCUCAGAGCCCAUCCCCUGUUCCCAGGAAAAGCAGGAAUUCCAGGAGAUCCCGGUGCCCACCCCGCAUUCCCAGGAAAAGCAGGAAUUCCAGGAGAUCUCAGACCCCACCCCCUGUUCCCAGGAAAAGCAGGAAUUCCAGGAGAUCCCGGUGCCCACCCCGCAUUCCCAGGAAAAGCAGGAAUUCCAGGAGAUCCCGGAGCAGCGCUCCCUUCCCGAGAAAUUCCCUCCCCUGGAGCAGCAGCUGGAGCAGCCCGGCCCGUGGCAGAAAUAGAGGGAAAAUCCCGAUCCCGGGGAUUUUCUCCCUGAAUCCAGAGGUUUUUCCAAGCCUUUUGUUGUUGUUGUGGUUGGUUUUUUUUUAACCCCUGCAGAGCUUUUGUCAGGAAUUCCUUCCAGCCUCCCCUCCCCUAACGCCUUGUCCUUUACUAACAGGGAAUUCCCGUCGGGAAUGCUUUUCCAGCAGGGCUGUAGCUCCCCUUCCCAAAUUCCUGCCCUUUUUCCCCAAAUCCCGCGGCCCCAAAAAGCCCCCCCAGAAAAGAAUCAUGGAGCAAGUUAAUGAAUUUAAAAUUAAAAAAGCCCCAAAUCCAGGGAAAGGC